UAACAGCAGAUAAUAGCCAGAAUGGGAGUGAAUGACUUGUGGCAAAUUUUGGAGCCUGUUAAACAACACAUCCACUUAAGUAGUCUUGCUGGGAAAACCAUUGCAGUUGAUCUGAGCCUAUGGGUAUGUGAAGCACAGACUGUCAAAAAAAUGAUUGGAACAGUCAUGAAGCCCCACCUCAGGAACUUAUUUUUUCGUAUCUCACAUUUAACACUAAUGGAUGUAAAACUGGUAUUUGUUAUGGAAGGGGAACCCCCAGCGCUGAAAGCUGAUGUCAUAAGCAAGAGGAAUCAGAUUCGGUAUGGGCCUUCUGGAAAAACAUGGUCUCAGAAAACAGGGAGAUCACAUUUUAAAUCAGUGUUAAGAGAGUGUCUUGAAUUGCUGGAAUGCUUAGGAAUUCCCUGGGUCCAAGCUGCUGGGGAAGCUGAAGCCAUGUGUGCCUACCUCGAUGCCAGUGGUUAUGUGGACGGCUGCCUCACCAAUGAUGGAGAUGCUUUCCUCUAUGGGGCCCAGACUGUUUAUAGGAAUUUCACUAUGAAUACCAAGGAUCCACAUGUUGACUGUUAUACAAUGUCAUCUAUCAAGAGUAAACUAGGUUUGGAUAGAGAUGCACUGGUUGGACUGGCAAUACUACUUGGCUGUGAUUAUCUUCCAAAGGGAGUCCCUGGAGUUGGAAAAGAGCAAGCAUUAAAACUUAUAAAGAUUUUGAAAGGGCAAAGUUUACUUCAGAGGUUUACUCAAUGGAGUGAAAAAUCUUGUUACUCUAAUCAACAACCACUAGUUAUUAAAAAACUGGCUCAUUGCACUGUGUGUUUCCAUCCAGGUUCACCUAAGGAUCAUGAACGUAAUGGAUGCAAAUUAUGUCAGUCUGAUCGAUACUGUGAACCACAUGAUUAUGAAUACUGUUGUCCCUGUGAGUGGCACCGAACAGAGAAUGAUAGGCAACUGAUUGCAGUAGAGAAUAAUAUUAAGAAAAAAGCUUGCAGUUGUGAGGGAUUCCCAUUCCAUGAGGUUAUUCAAGAAUUCCUUUUGAACAGGGAUAAAUUGAUAAAGGCAGUCAGGUACCAAAGACCUGAUUUAUUAUUGUUUCAGAGAUUUACUCUUGAAAAAAUGGAGUGGCCCAAUCACUAUGCAUGUGACAAAUUGUUGGUACUUUUGACCCACUAUGACAUGACAGAAAGGAGACUUGGUAGAAGGAACUCUAAUCAACUACAGCCAAUUCGAAUUGUUAAAAACCGGAUCAGAAAUGGAGUUCAUUGCUUUGAAGUAGAAUGGGAAAAGCCUGAACAUUAUGCUAUAGAAGAUGAUCAUGGAGAAUUAGUUCUACAAACAAUAGAAGAAGAAUCAUUAUUUGAAGCAGCUUUUCCUGAGAUAGUUGCUGUUUACCAAAAACAAAAGUUAGAAAUUAAAGAGAAGAAAAAGAAAAGCAUGAAAGCUAAGCCUAAAGAAAACUAUUUGCCAAAAACAGAUGAUGUGAGUUUUCAGUCACUCAUAACUUUAAAACCCACAAGUGAAAUAUCUUCUAAGCAGAAUUCACAAUUAAAUUUGAAACUUUUUCCUGAUUCUACAUUACCCCAGGAAUCUCUUUCUGCGUCACUGAAUAGCUUGCUUUUAUCUGAAGAUGCUCUCUGUUUAAAUACACAAGAACAGUUCAUAUCUUCUUCAAAACCUUUGGCUAUGCAGAAAGCUGUCAGUAAAUCUCUAAUUUCAGAAUCUAGUCAACCAAGUAUCUCAUCCCAAAAUGUGACAGCGAUUGAUGAUCUACACUUGAGCACCAUUGAUUGGGAUGGAACUUCUUUUAGUAAUUCUCCAGCUAUUCCAAGGAAGACUUUCUCUCAUGGUCAGAAAUCAGAACUUGAAGCAGCCAUUUAUGAUAGCUUUAAACAUAUCCCAGGACAAUUGUCCUGUGAAUCAGAAUGGUGCACUACCAACGUUGACAAAGUGUUGGAUUGGGAUCGUCAAAAGACUGGUGCUGAAGAGCAUCUACUUUCUGGCAUUACUGAUUUACAUCUUCGAGAUUUGCCUUUAAAGGAACGAAUACUUAUAAAAUCAUCACAUCCUCAGGAUGAUGUACAACCAGGUGUGGACCUGAAAACUGUAUCCUCACUCACAGUAAAAGAAUCUUGUAUUGCUAACAGUAGUGCUGAUUGUCCGUCACAUCUUUCCAAGGAUCUUCUAGGAAUUUAUUUGCAAAGUGAAUCUGGGGACUGUAAAGUUCUAAAAGGAGAACAGCUGUUUCAAGAAAACUAUAAAGGGAAUACUGCUAUCCCUUAUGUCAAAAAUAUGAUAGCAAAGACCUCUGAUGUUAGAGUUGAGCCACUGAAUACUUCUUUAGGUCAUAGUAGAAAAGUUGAUUUGCAAACCACUCAGAAAAUGGUAAUGAAGGAAAGUGUUUGCUUUGACAGAAAUGCCUCUCUUGAAGAAAGUCCCCCAGUAUUUGGGAAAACUAAGAAUGCAACAGAAAAAAUGAAGCAGAGUUUUCAGAAACACAAAGCAGCCCAAUUCAAGAAAAAAGAUGCCAACAAUUUGAGUAACCCUCAGAUACAUAUUAAAGAAAUGGAACAGUAUGUUCAGGCUUCUAAAACAGCUGAAUGUGAAGAAAACUAUUUCCCAGAUGCAGCCAAAGUUUCUCUGAGUGUUAUACAAUGUCAUAAGGAAAAAGACAGCUCUGGUACUUGUUUGGAUAGUCCUCUUCCUUUAUGUCAGAGAUUAAAACUGAGGUUCCAAAACACUUGAAGUGAAAUUAAAAAUGUUUAAGUGUGGCUUGGUAUUCUAGCAUCCUCAGCAUUAGCAGAGGCAGAGGGAGGAUGUCUAAUUAAUGUUAGGCAGAAAAAUGUAAUGUGGUUCUAUAUGUGAGGAAAUACUUUUGC